GGAAACGGUAUCAGCGUUUGUUUGGCGCGGCGCAAAAACAACGUUAGAUAUCAUAGGUUAGCUAGUUAAUCUUGUGAUUUUUUAAAAUAUAUUUUAGUGCACUAGCAUUUAGAGCUCAAACUAAUUAUAAAGCUCAUUAAUGCUAGUACUCUAGUUAACCUAAGAUAGUAGUCGCGAAAUGAAGAAUUCUGUGAAACCAAUGAAUAACGGUGAAACUUUACCAGUGGCUUCCCUUCGUCUCUUGGCCCCGCCCCUGAGGCUCGUCUCCGCGGCGGUGUGGAAGGUGAUGCAGCAGCGCGACGUGAUGCAUUACGGAAGGCUGGAAGAGUUCGUGACGUCAGUGUCAGAGACUGUACCUGGGUUGCUAAGUUACAGACAUCAGGCGAAGCUGACUGUGGGUCUACAGGCAAGGCUGAUACUUGAGCAGCUCCAUGCGUCCCAGUCUCCUGACCCCGAGUUAAUUCUCUCCCAUCUGAAGAGACUGUGUGCUCCUUCUCUGCCCAAAGGGAAAGGGAAGGAUCAGAAAGUGGAGGUGGCUGUGAGGAACUUCCACAGCCUUGUUCACACUCUGAUUAACAACCCAGUGGGAAGACAACGAUUCUUCCAGGAGGAGUUUGACUCUCAGUAUGGGCCUCAGUAUGAGGCUGCUCUAGAGAAGCUGCUGUGGGAGUUUCUUACCAGACUGGACCAGCUGCUUCCAGUCCCCGACCUCACUCAGACUGUGUCGUGGCUCACUGGUGCCCCUGCAGUUCUGGAGGAGUGUGCACGUGCUGCUUCUCAACCACAACUUCUCAGGACUCUGCUGCAGCAUGAGAGGUGCCUGGGGCACUUGGACUCAGCAGCAUCUAUUCCUUCCUCCACUGGGGAUUCCAUUUUAUCUUCCCUUUCACUACCUCCUUCUGGCAGAGUAAAGCAUGCAUCCAACCACUUAAGAUCUACUACAGCAACAAAUAUGGUCCCAAGUCCUGGUCCAUCAACACAGAGAUCAAAUAUUAUGCAAACCAGACAAACUGCACGACAAAUCACACCUGUUAUUGGCUCGAUAUCUAGUAAAGACCUCCCACAAAGCACUUCAGCCAGUGACAACAUGGUAUCCAUUUUGGGACAGGACAGUGAAGAAGAAUUGAUAAGUACAGAGGUUUCGAGUUACACAAGGGUAAAGUCAUGCUCAGGUACACAGAAUGAGAUUUUAGAUAAUGGUCCCAAAGAGGAACACGUUGGGAAGAUUCUCUUUACUGUAAUCAGUCAAACAUCGGCAAGCAGUGAAGAGGAAGAUGAGGACGAAGGUCAAGUGAGAAUGGUGACAGGAGGAAGGAGGAGGAGUGUAGCCUCAAAACAAAAGAGGCAGAAAACCAAGAAGGAGCUGCAUGGAGACGGGAAGAGUAGAGGAGAAGGGCCCAAAGACAACAGUAAGACGUCUGCAAGAGCAACCCCAGACAGCAGGUCACAGGAAGACAGUAGCCUGCCUGCUAUCAUUGCUUCCUGUAUGAAGUUUCAGCUUCGAGUCGUCAUCCCGCGACUGGAUAUCACAGGUGCCACUCAGCCUGUACUGCUGAAAGCUGCGGUCAAUGAGGAACAGGCUACAAAGUCUCCAAGACACCAAGCCAUCAGGAGUGUGUCUAAAGAGAGAAAUGGUUACAGCAUCAACCGGAAGAGGAAGCUCAGUUACACAUCGACCCCUGAAAAGGACUUGACCAAUGUGAUCAAUAAGCAAACCUGUGCUGGGUCUCCUUGCAUCCCCUCUGUAAUGCCUAUAAGGGUGGAGAGUUCAGACAAAGACUCUUCUCCAAUUCAAUCCACUGAUGACAUUAUUAUUGAUUCAGAAGAUGAAGCUAUUCAGAAUGUGAAAGGAAGGCUGUUUAAGAAACGCUACUACAAGACAAAGGAUGACACUUACAUUCCCACCUUGUAUGAGUUCUGGCAUCCUCCUUUCUUCCGCCGUGACCUGAUGUCUCCAGGGAAUGGGAGCAGAUGAGAUUCCUUUUAAUGGAUGUUCAGUUAUUACAUAUGAUUUAAUAUUUUAACAAGGCGUGCCAUUACUAACAGAGCCUUUUAUUUACUUCAUUCCGGUGCUGCUUGGUAAACAUAUAGCAUUAAUCAUUGCCUGCCGUAAUCCAAGCUUAAGGUAUAUUGAUUUUAAACAGCUAUUAUGGAGUUGUCUUUUUUUUUGCACUUUCAGGUACAUAUGGUAUAUUUGUAUUCAGAACAGCAGGUAUUUUGCUUUAUAAUACUAAACCUUUUUGUUUGUUUUCCAAAAGUUGCAUACAAGAGUAUAUACAUUUUACUUGUGUGAUGCAUAAAGAGUAGUUUUACUAUAGACAUUAUGCUGGAUACUACCUAUAUAAAAAUCUUAAACAAUCUAUGAACUAUAGCCUAAUAAACUUUUGCUUACAUAA